CUCGUUGAUGCGCUUAGAAAUUACAGGAAAUACAACAAAGCAUUAAUGCCAAGUUGUGUCUUUUUGCUGCAUCAAAAACAUGACAGAGCCAAAGCAAGCAUUGUCUUCACCGAUUUCGCCUGCUUUGUAACCAUCUAUAUUCCUUAAAAAUGUUAUGCAGAUUCUCGCUGUCUUUUGCUUAGAUUCUUCCAGGAAAGAAUAUUAUUCUUUCGCUGUCGACAAAAUCAAAUAUUAUCUUUUACAAUGUUCUUCAAUUCCUAGACUCUCCAAAACCUAUACAAGGAGUUUCACACUUGAUUCUUACUCACAAAACCAGCAAUGUCUUCAAUGGAAGAUACCUCUACCAGAUACAUUCGAUCUUUUCUGCCUUUACCUUCUUAUCCACCGAAGCAAAGGCGAAGCGGUUAUGAACCUUCUGAUACAGAAACAGAUUGGCAAGAAAGUCCGCAUCUCCAUCAAAAUCACACCAACAAACCUUUUGUUCCUGUACAUAGAAACAUCAGUCCUAUACGAAGUGGUUGGGAACUUUCUUCUCCGGAAAAGGUCCCUACUACUCCGAGGAGGCACACAAGCAAAUCCCCUUACAAGGUCCGGAAAGAAGAUGGCGGUGGUAGAAAUAUUUCGCCAAUGUCGGUUCGAAGAAAUGUUAGCCCGUUCUCAAAAUCUGAGCACAGAAGGCAAGUUUCUCCUUUCAAGAAUGAUGACAUCGUUAGCUCAAACAGAAGGAAAAAUCAACGAGACGAAAGAUCAUCGGGCCACAGUCGUAGAUCCACGACUGCACCUAGACAGAGAGCACGGGACACUGAUCAAGAAAAAUAUCCUGUUCGUAGAGACCAAAAGGUGGUGGAUAGAAAACCAUCGCCUUUGGUUAGGAAAAUGAACAAUGAGCAAAGAAAAACACAUUCUGUUGGAGAAAUUAAUGAGAUCGUUGCUAACAUCAAAAUGUCUACAACUCCGAUGAAGAAUCCUCCAAAUUUUGAAACCUCGGAUUCUAUAUCACCUGGUGACAUCUUCUUCUCUCGCAUUCACACCGCCUUGAAGAUGCAGGAAAAUGAUCGAAACAAUUCAAUCCUAAGGCCGACGAGGGUUGAUUCUGCUAUUGCCUCAUCACGAACUUUGACGAGUUCUGCUUCAAGAACUACUAUAAAUGCCAGCUCGGGUCUCAGUAGUGGAAGAUAUAGCAGUGAAAGUAGUAAGAUGAGUGAUAUGAGCAAAACAACAAGUGCAAGCAUGAAAAAGUUUACGGAAAAUAGGAGAAAGAGUCUAGCAACAAAUUAUGGCUGGCUUUCUUGUGUGAGAAGAGGAGCGUGCCAGACCAGAAGAUCAUCGUCACCUGAAAUACAACAUUUCGAUGAAGCUACAUUCAUCGAGAAGGCGUUCGUUGUUGAAAGUUUAAGACAGUUUUGGGCUGAUAAAUAUCAACCUAGUUCUCUCAAUGCAUUUCUUUGCCAUAAACAAGAAGCUCAACUUCUUAAACAACUAGUACAGGGAUCUCGGGACAAUAUUCCUCAUAUUAUGCUGAAAGGACCAUCUGGCUCUGGGAAAAGAUCACUAGCAAUGGCUCUUCUACGAGAAAUUUUUGGCGAUGCAUGUCGAAAUAUAUCACAUGAUUUAAGAUUUUUCCAGGUUCAGGAAGAAAGAGGAAGGCAGAUAGGCAUUCCAAUAUCAUCGAGUGCUCACCAUGUGGAACUAAAUGUGAAAAAGGAACCAAAUGCUAAGCUUGCAUUGAUGAGUUUAGUGAAAGAAAUAAGCAACACCUAUGCUCUUUCCCCUGAAGUCAGUAAUGUUAAAUUUAAUCCAGAUUACAAAGUACUAGUUCUUUACCAGGUUGAUAAAGCAGCUGAGAACAUUCAGCAUUUGAUAAAAUGGGUAAUGGAUUGUUACACAGAUGCUUGUAAACUUAUAUUGUGUUGCGAAGAUGAUGCCAGUAUCCAGGAAACAGUGACGAAUCGUUGCAAAAUUAUUCAAGUCGAUGCUCCUGUUACUCAUGAAAUAAUGGAGGUUCUGAUUCAAAUAGCUAGAAAAGAAGACUUUGAUCUACCGAUGAAUUUUGCUGCUAGAAUUGCAGCCAAAUCUAAGCAGAAUCUAAGACAAGCAAUCACGACGCUUGAAGCAUGCAAAGCACACAAUUACCCUUUCGUGGAUGAUCAACCAAUUCCAUCAGGAUGGGAAGAAGUAUUGACAGAACUUGCAGCAGAAAUCUUGAGUGAUCCGUCGCAAAAGAGAUUGUUUCUGGUAAGAGGAAAGUUUCAAAAGCUUCUUGUGGAUUUUGUACACCCCAAACUGAUUCUCCAGAAACUUGUCGAACAAUUCCUUAAAGGGGUGGAUCCUAGUUCCAAAAGGGAACUUUAUUACUGGCACGCUUAUUAUGAAAAGAGGAUCCCAACAGGAUCAAGUGCUUUGCUCAAAUUAGAAGGUAAAAUGGAUAAACGCACAUUCAAAAUUACUAUCACCAUGAAGUUAAGUCAAAAUUACUGUUAUUUUUCUUCUUAAAUGUUAAAAAUUCAUCGUUACUUCCUAAAUUUCAGUUCAAUUUAACUGAAAUCUGCUAAAUUUGUUAUCUAUACCUAAAAGUUGCGAAAAUAUAAUAAAAUGUAAAAAUCAGAAAAAAAAUAAAAAAAUUAACCUAAUCCCAGAGAAACGACAGUAAUUUUUCCCCUCAACAUAUCAUGCAUAACAGUCGUUCUCUGCCUAAACAAAGACUUAAUUACAAACAAUCAAGACUACUUAGACAGCUGACUAAUAACACUUCUAUCUGCAGAAUUUGUUGCCAAAUUCAUGAGCUUACACCGAAAAGGUACUAGCAGGCGUCAGUACAGGUGAAGAUCACUGUUACCAUACAGCAUUAAGAUAAUGCUGCCUCGAGUCAUAAAGAGAUCUUGUAUAACUAAUAAAUGAUAAUCGAUAGAACUGCGCUUCCAUCAAGAAGUUCCAAAGACGUUGAUUAUAAUGGUCUCCCCUGAUCAUCCUCAUAAAUUUAUCAAUGUCUACUGAUUAGAAUUAUUUUGGUUUUGUUUCAUGGAAUAGAUUUAUUACAAGAGAUUGCUUGCACCAUACUAAAAUGCAUCCAAAGUUUUCCUAAACCUGUAUGCCAUAGUUGUUAAAGGGGUACGACGCGAAGGAGUCUUACAGACCAAUUUCAUUGGUUAAAAUGGUUUUAAUAGCAGUGUAGUACCUUCAAGGUUAAAAUGGUUGUUCAAGUUA